GGCCAGGCCCGCUGCGCGCGCAGCUGACGGACAUUGAGGCUGGAUGCUGCGAUCCCGCAGCACCCUCCAGCCUUGCAGAAGCAGCCACCAUGCCAGUCUCUAAGUGCCCGAAAAAGUCGGAGUCCCUGUGGAAGGGGUGGGACCGGAAGGCCCAGAAGAACGGCCUGCGGCGCCAGGUAUACGCUGUGAAUGGCGACUACUAUGUGGGCGAGUGGAAGGACAAUGUGAAACAUGGGAAAGGAACACAGGUCUGGAAGAAGAACGGAGCCAUCUAUGAAGGGGACUGGAAGUUUGGGAAGCGAGAUGGCUACGGCACCCUCAGCCUUCCUGACCAACAGAUAGGAAAGUGCAGGAGAGUCUACUCAGGCUGGUGGAAAGGUGAUAAGAAAUCGGGUUAUGGGAUCCAGUUUUUCGGACCCAAGGAGUAUUAUGAAGGUGAGUGGUGUGGCAGCCAGCGCAGCGGGUGGGGCCGUAUGUACUACAGCAACGGCGACAUCUACGAGGGACAGUGGGAGAACGACAAGCCCAACGGGGAAGGCAUGCUGCGCCUGAAGAACGGGAACCGCUAUGAGGGCUGCUGGGAGAGAGGCAUGAAGAACGGGGCCGGGCGUUUCUUCCAUCUGGACCAUGGCCAGCUGUUUGAAGGCUUCUGGGUGGACAAUAUGGCCAAAUGCGGGACGAUGAUCGACUUUGGCCGUGACGAGGCCCCUGAGCCCACUCAGUUCCCCAUUCCUGAGGUCAAAAUCCUAGACCCUGAUGGUGUGCUGGCGGAAGCCUUGGGCAUGUUCAGGAAGACAGAGGAAGGAGAUUGAUGCCAGAGAACACAAACGCUUCAGGAGAAAUUCAAGCCUGUGUCACCCGAUCGCUCAGACCAGUGCGGCUCUGGCUGGAGGAGUCAGCAGCGGCUCCAGGCAUGCCCCUGGCACCCUCAGAGGGCCCCUCACUCCCCCCAGCACUGGGUCGUUCCUUGCCAAUAGGAAGGCCGGUGCUUCUCUCCCAGGCUGUCCUCGGGACCCUCUUCAUUUUCUGAUCUCAUCCUGGAGUGCAUGAGAAUAAAGAAUAACCAAGUGGUAUAA